GAGAGAAGGGGUGGGGAAUCAACAGAGGGUGAAGUGUGCUCAGACUGAAAGUCUGAAUCAGUAAGAAAGUAAGCUGGUGAAGGUUCGCUGUUGAUUUUCUUGAUUUAUAAGAAACACAUCGCCGCCUGAAAGGACAGAUCUUCUCAAGGCUCAGUCCUUUCUCUCUGUUCUGGAUACCCUGAGGGACUUGGACUACUGAUCAAACUUUUGUGAGAGGAUCUAAGCUCUGUGUUUCAGCUGAAGUCCAUCGCUAUUUGGCGUAUAUCUGGAGAAGUCCUCCGUGUGUGUCCGUCGUUUGCCUCUGACAUGGGGUUUGGGAAGGAGCUGCUGAUUCUGGGCUUCGUGUGUGCAUCGCUGAAACCUGUGCUUGGGUGUGAAUUUGGUUACCAAGCAAAUUAUGGUGAAAAUUGCACAGAUGUAGAUGAGUGUGCAGAUACACCUCCUAUAUGUGGGAAUAACUCAUGGUGCAACAACACCUUAGGCAGCUACUUCUGUAGUUGUGUUCCCGGGUUUUACAAUCCAAUAUUAAAAAGGACUUUCAACUUCACGGCUGAGCAGGGAGAGUGUCGUGAUGUUAAUGAAUGCCUUGAAAAUACUGCAAACUGUGGUCCUCAUGCCUCAUGUAAAAACCUGAUCGGAAGCUAUGAAUGCAUCUGCCAGUCUGGGUACAAAAAGACAAGCACCAACGGCAGCUCUGGACACUGCGAAGAUUUUGAUGAAUGCUUUGAAAAAAUAGCAAACUGUGGUCCUCAUGCCACAUGUAAAGACCUGAUCGGAAGCUAUGAAUGCUCCUGCAACUCUGGGUACGAAAAGACAAGCGCCAACAACAGCUCUGGACACUGCGAAGACAUAGACGAAUGCAUGGAAGCCCAAAAGAAAAAGGAGGACAUUUGUGGAGAGAAAGGCACUUGUAUAAACCUCGAUGGGAGUUAUCGAUGCAAAUGUGAAGAAGGAUACACCGCUUAUGGCAACGAAAGAACCCGGUGCUCUGAGCUGGAGUGUGACAGCUUUAGUGGGGACAGCUCUCCGGCAAAGUCACUUGGAGGUCUGGCAGACAUAUUGUCCAUGAUGAAAAACAGCUGUUUGGCUCUGUCUGGCGGUGGGAAGGCUGACGGAGAUGCGCUACUCGAGAAACUUUUGACAGCGGCUGACACAAUCCUGACCCCUGGAGAUCUGGAAAGCGGUAAAGAUGUGAGCGGGCUGCUCAGCACCGUGGAGAAGUCAAUUUUACUCAUUGGUCCUCAGAUGAAAGGCAACGGCACCAAAAUGGAGACCCAAGAGAUGGAGGCAGAAAUUGCAGUAAGAAGAGGAAUUACCCCUCCAACUGGACCGAUCCAUCUGACCAGUGAACAUGCUCAUCUCAACACCGACUGGUCGACCGCAGCCGGCACAGGCUCAUACCCCGGUUUUGCUCUGGCUGCAUUGCUGAGCUACAAGAAUCUUGGGGCAUCUGUGAACCGAUCAUUUGAAGACCUGAAAGAAAAAGAAAAAGAUGCUCUUUCCUUCCAGGUUUUCUCCAAAGUCGUCUCUGUUGUGGUUUCCAACCCGUCAACUCAGAACCUGAGCACGCCUGUCAACAUAACAUUCAGUCAUUUAGAGGGUAUAAAGCAGAACCCUGAGGCGAGGUUCAUCUGUGCGUACUGGAAUGAGAGAGGCGUCUGGUCCCCACAUGGUUGCUCCCAGGAGCAGUCCAAUGCCACACACACCGUGUGUUCCUGUGGACAUCUAAGCAGCUUUGCUGUACUGAUGGCCCUUUAUCCCAUGAAGCCCAGUUUUGAACUCCAGCUGCUGACCAAGAUCGGCCUGACCAUCUCCCUGGUUUGUCUUGUGCUGAGCAUCCUGACCUUCAAGUUCUGCCGCUCCAUUCAGGGGACACGCACCACCAUCCACCUGCACCUCUGCAUCUGCCUUCUGGUGGCCGACCUCGUCUUCUUGGUUGGGAUUUCUCGAACUAGACCCGAGGGCGGCUGCAAGUUUGUUGCUGCAAUGCUCCAUUUCUUCUUCUUGGGUGUAAUGACCUGGAUGCUUUUAGAAGGAGUCCAGCUGUACCGAAUGGUCGUCCUGGUGUUCAACGCCACCAUUCGGCCCGUCUACCUGUACAUCACUGGUUACGGGGUCCCGCUUGGAAUCGUUAUCUUGUCUGCCAUCAUCAGACCAGGGGGCUACGGCACUGACAACCACUGCUGGCUGUCCCUGGAGCAUGGCCUGAUCUGGAGCUUCUUUGGCCCCGUGUGCUUCAUCAUCGUCCUGAAUAUCUUCUUCUUCCUCGUCACUGUCUGGAAGCUUGCCCAGAAGUUUGCCACCCUCAACCCAGACCUCUCCAAGCUGCACAAAAUCAAAGCGUUCACAGUCACCGCCAUCGCCCAGAUGUGCAUACUGGGACUGAUGUGGGUUUUCGGGGCCUUCUUGUUCAGUGAGGGCACGACAGCGGUCGCAUAUAUUUUCACCAUCCUCAACAGCCUGCAGGGCGCCCUGGUCUUCAUCAUGCAUUGCCUGCUGUCUAAACAGGUGAGAGAUGAGUACGUUCAGUUCCUGUCCUGCAUCUGCACGCCACAAAAGAAGAGAUACUCAGACCUCAGCAGCACCAAUCCCUCCAGCAGUCAAUCACAAGGUUCCCGGAGUGGGCAGAUCACAGGAGAAUCCCAAAUAUGAAGAGCUUUAUCGUUUUUCUCUCUGCCUCAUGGACAGAAAAUCACUUCUUUAGACUGUUAAGACAAAGAUUGUCAUGGUUCAAAUCAUCAAGAAAUUUAUUUUUUUUCCUUUUGUCGUUAGCCUGCAUUUCAGUCUUUUAUAAAUAAUUGAUCUUCCAACCUGCCGCCGCAGACCCGUCAAAGAGCAGCAACAAAAGCUGUGCGAUGAGUGAUCUGUUAUUUAGAAAGGAGACAUAAUUGCUGUAAAACAGAAAGAUGUUGAGCAACAGCAUCGGGUGAUUUGACCUUUUUGAAACUUGAGUUGAGGGUUAUCAGACUGUGAAUUGUGAAAACUAAGCCCUCCAACUCAGCACCUGAUCAGCUUAGAGGGACCAUGACGAAGAAAAAAAAAGUCAAAACAAAAGAU